AUGACUUUCAACAGCGCCUACUCGCUCUCGAACUUCCCCAAGAAUGGUGGCCCAGAGCCGGACGACUACCCAGGCUACCUAUUUCGGCACCCGAGAUUUUGUCUUUUACACGAGGCCAUACCACAGAUGACAAACCGUGGCCGGGACUGGUGGGCUAGCAGCAGGUACGCUUGUUUCGGUUGCAUGAAACUUCUCUCGAAUGCCAUGUUUGAUGACAAUGAGUUGUUCAACACAGCCACAAGAAAACCUUGGAUGAGAAGUUCCGAAGUGCAGAAGAUGGCCCUCACAGAUUGGAAACUUGCAACCACGACAGAGAGCAGGCUCUCAUCGAUUCAGAAGCGAGCGGAGCAAGACAGAGAACUCACCGAGCAGUACCGGCAGCAGUAUCAGACGUCUUUCGACUGGAUCAAAGCAGUGAACAGGGGACUGAAUGAUGACGAAGAUGUAGAGGAAGUUCGCAGGAAGCACGAAAACUGCAUUGAAGAGACAAGCCCUCACAUCGUCGGCAAGGCUCGUCACGAACGGAGGUGCGUGGAGUGCAACACUGAUGCCCCAAUCAUUUUCUCCCGAAAGGACGUGGGUUUGGGGUUGGACUUCAACAGGCUGUUCCCCGGUCUCUUGCCAAAAGUAUUGGUACCACCCAACUUGAAGCGGAUACCGGCUCAUUUGUGCUCCAUGCAAUAG